AUGGCCGGUCGCUUCAACGGAUCGCUGGCUCUGGCGCAGGAUGUGGUCGUCACUGCUCCUGCUGGCUCGGUUCAUGCCUUUCUGGCCGCUGUCAUUGUGGCAAACGGAGAGCUGACGCCGUUCUGGUCUCGCGUUCUUCCUGUCGGGCUGGACAUCAUCGAUGUGACAUGCCUUGCUCCGGCUACUGUUGCUCGGCUCUCAUGGGCUCCCUCUUCGCUCUCCUGGUCGCUUGCUCUCCACACCACAAACGGAUCGGUGGCGUGGACGACCGAGAUCGGCCGCUCGCAGGCCCCCGGUGCGCCGGUCUCGCCGCGAGUGGUCGGCCGUGUGGCGAGCCAGUUUGUGAACGGCGUUGAUGUGCUGGUGGUUGCUGCUACCGUGGCUCACUCACCGUACAAUGGCUCGUCUGGAGUCGUCGGCCUCUCGUCGGUCGACGGCUCGGAGCUGUGGCAGGCUGGCCUCGUCGCCGACAACGCCGGCGACGCCCGCCUGGUUGUCGAGAGCAUUGUCGCGGCGCCCGGCGGCGUGACUGUCUACGUUGCCGGAUUGCUUUCCGGCUGCGGGCGCUGGGUUGUGGCCGGUGGGCCCAGUGCCGGGCCUCUGGUCUGCUCGAACCCGGCAACAGCCUCGGUCGUUGUGGUCGCCGAGCUCUCUGCCGAGACCGGCGCGUGGAUCAGCCACGCGCUUGCGCCGUACUCGCUGCUGCGGACGCCCUCGCUGCCACAUGUGGCGCUGGCUGUUGAGCCCGAGUCCGGCAACGUCGCCGUCGGCUCGGCCAUCCUUGACGACGGCGACGGUGUUGGCGCCUCGGUUCUCAUGUACCCACCGUCGCUCGGCUCGACGCCGCUGUGGUCAAGCGUCUACCCGCGAGCAGAGGCCCAGGGCGUAGCCGCACUCUUCGCACCACUCAACACCUGGUCGCUCCUUGUCCUCACCGGCCUCGCCGGCGAGAACGAAGCCGAGGCGCUCUACGCGCCAGCCGUCAUACUCGAGCUCUCAUCCGCGUCGGGCGACGUUCUCCGCCACGCCGUGCUCGAUGGCACGCUUGUCGGCUCCCGCGCUGACCUGGUCGGCCUCCCCAAGUCACACGCUGGCGCGCAGGGCGUGCUCGUUGCCGGCAGCUAUGCACACGGCCCGCUCACCGUCGCCGGGCCGACGAGCAAUGUGACAGCGCCAGCGCCGCGCGGCGGAACCGCGCCCUUUGCUGUCCAGAUUGAUGUCGACCAGCACGCGCCGGCGCCGCCGCCGCCUGCUCCGGCCAUCCCGAUUGCGCCCAUCACCCGCCACCGGACUCCGCCAGCGCUGUGGCUGGUUGGCCUCGGCGUGGGAAUCAUCGUUGUGCUCGGCGCCUGCGUCGGCUUUGGUCUUCGUCGCUACUACCACUCGGACGCGUACAUGCUGCGCAAGGUCCGAUCCGGUGACUACGCCUCGGUCCGGUACCAGGGCGUCGAGACGCCCACGCUCUCGGGCACCCGCCCGUCGCUGGCCGCUGCCGACGGCCGCGGCCGCGGCGGCUACGACUCGAUCCCGUCGCCGUAA